AUGGGGUCUGAAAAAGCUAAGCAGCCUGCGGAGCACGUCAGCGGGCAGUGUAACCGCCCUAUGACGCAGCCCGCUCACUGUCUUACUUUGGCUGAAGUUGUCCAUGAAUUGAAAGCAGACCAGAUCAAUGGCCUUUCAAGCGACGAAGCAGGCAGACGACUCGCGGAGUACGGUAAGAACGACCUCGGGGAGGCCCAGAAGGUGUCCCCUCUACGCAUUCUCGUCGCGCAGGUUGCCAAUGCCAUGACACUGGUUCUUAUCUUGGCCAUGGCUGUCAGUUUCGGCAUCAAGUCUUGGAUCGAGGGUGGUGUUGUUGCCGGCGUCAUCAUGCUUAACAUCGUCGUCGGUUUCUUCCAGGAGUAUUCCGCCGAGAAGACCAUGGAUUCUCUCCGGUCGCUGAGCUCUCCCACUGCCCGUAUCAUCCGUGACGGACAGCCGCAAACGGUUGCUUCUUCCGACUUGGUUCCCGGAGACCUAGUUGAGCUCAAGACGGGCGAUACCAUUCCAGCCGAUGUUCGCGUCUUUGAGGCAGUCAACUUUGAGACGGAUGAAGCCCUUUUGACGGGCGAAUCUCUUCCCGUUCGCAAAAAGGAAGAUGUUACCUUUGAGGUGUCAACCGGCCCCGGCGAUCGUCUGAACGUCGCCUACAGCUCUUCCAACGUCACCAAGGGUCGCGCCAAGGGAAUCGUGUUCUCUACCGGUUCGUACACUGAGAUUGGUGCUAUCGCUGCUCAACUCCGACAAAAGGAAUCCAAGAUCCGCGAACCCAAGAAGACCCGCGAGGACCCCAAUGCGCGCGCCAAGCCCCAUCGUUAUCUCGAGGCCUACAUGUUGACCGUCAGCGAUGCGGUCGGCCGUUUCCUGGGUCUCAACGUCGGAACCCCUCUGCAGAGAAAGCUGUCCAAGCUUGCUGUCCUGCUGUUCUUCAUUGCCGUCGUAUGCGCCAUCAUCGUACUGGGAGCCAACGAGUUCCGCGCCACCCAGGAUGUUAUUAUCUACGCGGUGGCCACUGGUCUUUCCAUGAUCCCAGCCAGUUUGGUAGUUGUCUUGACGAUUACUAUGGCUGCGGGUACCAAGCGAAUGGUGAAGAGAAAUGUCGUCGUUCGUAACUUGAAGUCUCUCGAAGCUUUGGGUGCCGUUACCGACAUAUGCUCCGAUAAGACUGGUACUCUCACUCAGGGAAAGAUGGUCGCGAGGGGCGUCUGGAUACCAUCAAAGGGUACCUUUACCGUCGAAAACUCCACGUCCGCGCUCGACCCCACUGCUGGAGACGUUCGCUUUCACGCGUCCUCGCCUCGCGCCAUCGACCUCAAGAAGGCUGGAGAAGCUUGCGGCUCCAUCAUCAAUCCUAGCGAGCAUGCUUCCGGCUCUGAUGCAGGUUUUGGCCUCGCGGAAUUUUUGAACGUCGCCUGCCUUGCCAACCUUGCUACCGUCAACAAGAACAAGGAGGGUGCUUGGGAAGCCCGUGGUGACCCUACUGAGAUUGCCAUCCAGGUUAUGGCUAGUCGGUUUGGCUGGAACCGCGUCGCCUUGACUGGUGAUGAAGGUUCUGAGUGGAGGGACGUUGCCGAGCUGCCGUUUGAUUCCGACGUCAAGCGUAUGUCGGUCGUCAUGAAGAACAAGGACGGUUCUUACCACGCCCUCACCAAGGGCGCUGUCGAACGGGUGAUCGAAAGCUGCACUACCUACACCCCCGAUAGUUCUGGCAACCUUGUUGACAUCAAAGAUUUCCGCGAUGAGAUCCUUCAGAACAUGCAGUCUCUGGCCAGCCUUGGUCUCCGUGUGCUCGCUCUCGCCAGCAAGCCGAUGCCUGGUGAGGUCAAGGUUGAUGCCGAGACCGGGGUCGACAGAUCUGCCAUCGAGUGCGAUCUGGUAUUCCGCGGCCUCGUUGGACUUUACGAUCCGCCUCGUCCCGAAUCUGCCCCCGCUGUUAGACAGUGCCACGAGGCCGGCAUUGAGGUCCACAUGUUGACCGGUGACCAUCCUGAAACCGCCAAAGCGAUCGCCAUUGAAGUCGGCAUUCUGCCUACCAAAAUGCAUCUCGUCGCGAGAGACAUGGCCGAUUCGAUGGUCAUGACUGCGACGCAAUUCGACGCCCUCAGCGACGAUGCUGUUGACGACCUGCCUGUGUUGCCCCUGGUUAUCGCAAGAUGUGCUCCCAGCACCAAGGUUCGCAUGAUCGAGGCUCUUCAUCGUCGCGGACGUUUCUGUGCAAUGACUGGCGAUGGAGUCAACGAUUCUCCCUCGCUUCGUCGUGCUGAUGUUGGUAUUGCAAUGGGCGUUGCUGGUUCCGAUGUUGCCAAGGAUGCUUCCGAUAUUGUGCUUUCUGACGACAACUUCGCCUCCAUCUUGGCCGCCAUCGAAGAAGGACGCCGCAUUUUUGACAACAUCCAAAAAUUCGUUCUUCACGUUCUGGCUGAAAAUGUCGCGCAAGCUGGUACUCUCCUUGUCGGUCUUGCUUUCAAGGAUAAGACUGGGCUUUCGGUUUUCCCCCUUGCUCCUGUUCAGGUUGUCUGGAUUAUCAUGGCGACAUCUGGUCUCCCUGAUAUGGGUCUUGGGUUUGAGCGCGCAGUCCCCGACAUUCUCCAGCGGCCCCCACGCUCACUUAAAGCCGGCAUCUUCACCACUGAGUUCCUGAUAGAUAUGGUGUUCUACGGACUUUGGAUCACCCUGCUCUGUCUGGCCAGUUUUGUACUUGUGAUCUAUGGGUUUGGCAAUGGUCAACUUGGCGAAAGGUGUAACGAGACGUAUUCCCCGUCCUGCGACCUCGUCUUCCGUGCAAGAGCUACCACCUUUGCUUGUCUGACGUGGUUCGCCCUGUUCCUUGCAUGGGAGAUGAUCGAUACCAGACGAUCGUUCUUCCGCAUGCAACCUGGGUCUAAGCGAUACUUUACGCAGUGGAUUGCAGACAUAUGGAGGAACCAAUUCCUCUUCUGGGCUAUCAUCUUCGGCUUCGUCACCCUAUUCCCUCUGAUCUAUAUCCCUGUCCUGAACAGGGAGGUCUUCAAGCAUACCCCGAUUUCUUGGGAGUGGGCAAUCGUCUUCAUCGCUGCCGGACUGUUUUUUGCUGGAGUCGAGGCCUGGAAGUUCGGCAAGCGGGUCUACUUCCGCAGACAGGACAGCAAACGCAUGGGCAAGUCUUGGAAGGAAACCGACAUCGAAGAUCGCAUCUUUGGACGAUACUUCAGUGGAAGUUCCUCUGAGGAAGGGACGGUCGAUGGGAGAACGAUUGACAAAGCCCAGUGA